AAAAAAAAUCAGAAAAAUGUUUUUGAUUAAAACAUGAUAAUUGUACUACACUGACCAUCUCCAUACGCUCCCAUUCACGAGCAAUGCACACCAUUUUUUUUCUCUUUCCCACCGAUUAAAUCCAUCCUGAUUUCUCCAUGAACAAGAGCAGUAGUGAGAAAUUCAAGAAAAUUUGAGCAUUUAGCAUUUUUUUUUUCUUGGUUUUGGCAUUCAGAUGGAAAGUAAAAGCAUAAAGAACAAAAAGAAAAGCUUCUUCUACAGAUUCUGACUAUAUAACAGCUGCUUUCAUUUAAAAAUUACACACUUUUUGACCCUAAAUUCUCCUAUUUCAAACCUUGUGAGUGUGACCAACAAUUUUUUAAUCUCAUUUUUCAGAACCCCACAUUGCUUUUUUUGCAGACACCAGUCUUGGGAAUUUGACUCUUUUUUCCUACUUUCUUUACACCUAUAUAUAUACAUAUGCAUAUUCAUGUUGUUGUUGUCAGAGUGCAUUUCCUUUUUCUUAUCUUUUUUUCACUUUUAAGCUUGUGCUAAGUUUUGCUACUACUACUUCCUUUGUUGUGUAUCUUCAAAAAAGCUUAUGUUUUUGAAUUAAAGUAUUGAGCUUUAGAUUUCCUAGCUUAGUGUAGAUUGAGGGUGUUGUAGAGUUUUUGAAAAUAGUUGGAAAGUGAUGUUCUUUUCUUGUUCUUAUGUGACUAUAAAAGCUAAGUUCUUGAAGGGUUUUGAAUUAAAGUUUUGAGCUUUGAGGGUGUUGUAGAGUCUUUGAAAUAGUUGAAAAGUUUUGAGCUUUAGAUUCUUGAAUCUUGAUGCUCUUUUCUUGUUCUUGUGUGACUAUAAAAGCUAAGUUUUUGAGGGGUUUGAAUUAAAGUCUGGAGCUUUAGAUUUCCUUUUGUUGUAUUGAGGAUGUUUCAGAGUCCUUGAAAUAGUUGAAAAGUUUUGAACGUUGAGAUUCUUGAAUCUUGAUGCUCUUUUCUUGUUCUUGUGUGACUGUAAAAGCUAAGUUCUUGAAGUGUUUUUAAUUAAAGUUUUGAGCUUUAGAUUUCCUUUUGUGGAUUGAGGGUGUUGUAGAAUGUAGAGUCCUUGAAAUAGUUGAAAAGCUUUAAACUUUAAGAUUCUUGAUGCUUUUUUCUUCUUCUUAUGUGACUACAAAAGCUAAGUUUUUGAGUGGUUGGGGGCAUUCAGAGUGUUUGAAAUGGUUAAAGUUUUGAGCUUUAGGUUCUUGACAAUGGAAUGGUGGGGGAUUUUUUCUUUGUGUUUCUUGGUGGGGUUGUUUCUUUUGUCAGAAGGCACUGAUGCUCUUCUUGAAAAUGAUAAGCAAGCAUUGUUGGAUUUCGUUAACCAGUUGCCUCAUUUUCACCCUUUGAACUGGGAUGCAGAUUCUUCAGUUUGCAAGAAUUGGACUGGAGUUGGCUGUAAUGAAGAUGGUUCUAGAGUAAUAGCAUUGAGGUUACCUGGGGUUGGGUUCAAUGGUCCAAUUCCUAAUAAUACAUUGAGUCGUUUGUCUGCAUUGCAGAUCUUGAGUCUUAGAUCUAAUGGCAUCAAUGGGAGUUUCCCUCUUGAUUUUGGUAACCUCAAAAACUUGUCUUAUCUUUACCUUCAUUACAACAAUUUCUCAGGUCCUUUGCCUUUUGAUUUAUCUGUUUGGAAGAACCUUACCAGUUUGAACUUGUCAAACAAUAGAUUCAAUGGCACCAUUCCUAGCUCGAUAUCGGGUUUAAGUCAUCUUACUUCCCUGAAUCUUGCUAACAAUUCACUUUCCGGUACCAUUCCUGAUAUUAAUUUGCCCAACUUACAGCUAUUGAAUUUGUCAAACAAUAACCUUAUAGGUACUGUGCCAAAAUCACUUCAAAGAUUUCCAAAGAAUGUGUUCAUUGGUAAUGAUGUGUCCUUACUUGGCUACCCCGUCUCUAAUUCUUCUAAUGUUUCCCUGCCUCAGCAACUAAAUCCGAAAUCCAAGAAUGAUGGUAAAUUGAGUGAGAGAGCUUUGCUUGGGAUCAUAGUAGCUAGUUGUGUAAUUGGGAUUCUUGGAUUUGGUUUCUUGAUGGUUGUUUGUUGUUUUAGAAGGAAAAAAGAUGAUUUGUUUCCCGGCAAGAUGGAGAAGGGAGAUAUGUCUCCUGAAAAGGCGAUUUCGAGGAGUCAAGAUGCUAGUAAUAGAUUGGUUUUCUUUGAGGGUUGUAAUUAUGCAUUUGAUUUAGAAGAUUUGCUUAGAGCUUCUGCGGAGGUAUUGGGGAAGGGCACGUUUGGUAUGGCGUAUAAAGCGAUAUUAGAAGAUGCUACCACAGUGGUUGUGAAGAGGUUGAAGGAUGUAGGUGCUGGGAAGAAGGAGUUUGAGCAACAAAUGGAGAUUGUGGGAAGCAUAAAACACGAAAAUGUAGUCGAGCUUCGAGCAUAUUACUAUUCAAAAGACGAAAAGCUUACUGUCUCUGACUAUUUCAGUGAGGGUAGUGUUGCUGCAAUGCUCCAUGGUAAACGGGGAGAAUACAGGAACCCUUUAGACUGGGAAACUCGACUUAGGAUAGCAGUUGGAGCAUCGAGAGGUAUUGCUAGGAUACAUGCUGAGAAUGGUGGGAAGCUAGUCCACGGAAACGUCAAAUCCUCAAAUAUCUUUCUGAAUUCAAAACAAUACGGUUGUGUAUCUGAUGUUGGUCUGUCAACAAUAAUGAGCUCGUUAGCUCAUCCAGUUGCUCGUGCUGCUGGUUUUCGUGCCCCAGAAAUAACAGACACACGGAAAGCCACACAACCUUCUGAUGUGUACAGCUUCGGUGUGUUGUUAUUGGAGCUUUUGACAGGCAAAUCCCCCAUCCAUACAACAAACGGAGAUGAGAUCAUACACUUGGUCCGAUGGGUUCACUCAGUGGUCCGAGAGGAGUGGACUGCUGAAGUAUUCGACUUGGAACUGUUGAGGUACCCGAACAUAGAGGAAGAGAUGGUCGAAAUGUUGCAAAUCGCAAUGUCAUGUGUGGUAAGGAUGGCAGAUCAAAGACCAAAAAUGUGUGAGGUUGUUAAAAUGAUCGAGAAUGUUCGUCCCACGAGCUUAGAGAAUCAGCUUUCAUCUGAAGAAAAAACAGAAAAUUCAACAUCAAGAGCAGCAGCAGCCACACCAGUGCUUGAGACACAAUCUGAUUCUCAAUGAGCCAUUUUUAUCACAAGUUUACCAUCUUAAUUCAUGUUGAAAAUGCUUUAACUUUUCACUCUCUCAGUGAACAAUAUGAAAUUCUUGUAACUUGAUCCCACUUCAUGGAAAGAGUGCACCAGUAGUCACUCUUUUUUAAGGCUAUCUUGAAAUACUACUUUGAUUGUAAAUUUUAAACUUCUUUUUCUCACUCUCAAAGUAUCAUCUCUUCCAUGUUCUUCUUGACUUAGUGGUCACAAGAACAUGGUGGAUGUGAGACGAAUUCAAGAUUUAGAGUCAGUAGUAAGUUUCGAGUAGGUGUGUGGAUUAUUCAUUUGUCAUGUUAUUUGUUCUCUUCUUAAUUGUUUUUAAUAUUGUUUCUUCACUACCA